GCUGCAGCCAUGCUCCCUUCCCAGGCUCUCCUGCCCGCUGUGCUGUUCGCACUCGCAGCCCUUCGGGCCCUCGCCUCCGACACCUUCCUGGCAGCCGUCUACGAGCACGCCGUCAUCCUGCCACAUGCCACCCAGGAGCCCGUCCCUGCCAGCGAUGCUUUGGCCCUGAUGAACAGAAACAUGGAUGUCUUGGAAGGGGCCAUCAAGGAAGCUGCCCAGCAGGGUGCCCACAUCAUUGUGACUCCUGAAGACGGCAUCUAUGGCUGGCGAUUCACAAGAGAAUCCAUCUACCCCUACCUGGAGGAUGUCCCUGAUCCAGCGGUGAAUUGGAUUCCCUGCACUGACCCCUCAAGAUUUGGUCCAGCACCAGUGCAGGAACGACUCAGCUGCAUGGCCAGAAAUAACUCCAUCUAUGUGGUUGCAAAUAUCGGGGACAAGAAGCUGUGUGACUCCAGUGAUCCCAGCUGCCCCAAGGACGGUCGGUACCAGUACAACACGGAUGUCGUCUUUGACGCACAGGGCAAACUGGUGGCUCGCUACCACAAGUAUAAUCUCUUUCUAGGAGAAAAUCAGUUUAAUUAUCCAAAAGAGCCAGAAGCUGUCACCUUUGAGACUCCUUUUGGGAAGUUUGGCAUUUUCACUUGCUUUGACAUCCUUUUCUAUGAGCCUGCUGUGGUCCUGGUGAGCAAGAUGCAGGUGGACACCGUGCUCUUCCCAACAGCUUGGAUGAAUGUCCUGCCCUUUCUGACUGCAAUUGAGUUUCACUCUGCCUGGGCUAUGGGCAUGGGUGUCAAUGUCUUAGCUGCCAAUACUCACAACACUAGCAUGGAAAUGACAGGGAGUGGAAUUUAUGCACCAACUGGAGCCAGAGCAUACUCCUACAAUAUGAAAACUGAAGAUGGUCACCUCCUCAUUGCUGAAUUAGAUGCACACCCUCGUCUUUCUCCUGCCUCUCCACCUGCUGUCAGCUGGAACUCCUAUGCUUUGAGUGUUGAAAGAUUCUCACAGAAUGGCCAUGAAUUCACAGGAAUCAUCUUUGAAGAUCCCUUUACUUUCACAGAGCUCACUAAGCCUGGGGGGAAUGUCACUGUCUGCCAAAAAGACCUCUGCUGUCACUUGAGCUACAAGAUGGCAGAGAAAAGAGAUGAUGAAGUUUAUGUGCUGGGUGCUUUUGAUGGCCUUCAUGUUUUUGAAGGACAGUACUAUCUGCAGAUCUGCACUCUGCUGAAGUGCCCCAGCACAAACCUGAGCACAUGUGGGCAGCCCGUGGAGACGGCUCAGACCAAGUUUGACAUGUUCUCCCUCAGUGGCACAUUUGGCACCAGCUACAUCUUCCCAGAAGUGCUGUACAGCGGGGUGCAGCUGGCCCCUGGGGAGUUCGAGGUGCUGGCUGAUGGACGUCUGAUAAAUCGGAAUACUACAUCAAAGCCAGUUUUGAGUGUAACACUCUUUGGGAGAUGGUAUGAAAAGGACCCUCCAUCCAUGGAUCAAGCUUCAGCAUGAUUUCACUGCAGAUCAUUCAAGCUUUCAUCUGCUCAUUUCUGUAACACUAAUUAAACACAAAUAAUGGUACUUAAUAGUGAUACUCAUAAUUAAAAUGGCAUUCUAUUUUUCUA